AUGUUUCAGGUGCGAUUCAAGCUCCGUAAUCCGCACGGCAAGGCCCAGUUCAAGCGAUCAGGAGACCCGUCAGCUUUCUCCAGGCAGGCACGGGUGGUGCAGCGCUGGAUCAACGAGAGCACUGUUGAGCGUGACGGGGAUGCUGUUGGCAUUGGCAGCAUCUGCAUCGUUGGAUGGGCGGACAUCCCGGUAGCUGUUCUGGACGCAGAUGAGCUAGCGGGCGACGCGCCGACCGCCAUCAUCCCGUUUGCUUCCCUUCUCCCGCAUGGUGGGCACGGGCAACAAGAUCAACUUUCGUUCACUCUCCCCUCCCCAUCCCCCUCUCCUUUCGCAAACACCUCUUCCCGUCCCCCAACAGCUUUUCCCGCACGUUUCUCCCGCACGGUGGGCACGGGCAACAAGAUCAAGUUCGUGAACGGACCCAUGAAGACCAUCUGGGCCUACUCCGUCGGCCCCUCCGGCUUAUUCGACAACGGCCAUGCUGCCCACCGCGGCACCGUCACAAUCGACUACUCCUGUGACGCCACCGCUGUCGCCAACCCCUCGCCGCCACCCCCCUCCACCGCCAAACCCCCGCCCCCUUCCAGCGCCAAAUCCCCGCCCCCUCCAAGCACCUCGCGCUCCCCCCCACCGCCUGCAGGUCGCGCCCCCUCACCUCCCCCUCCAUCUACUUUACCCAAGCCGUCUCCUCCCCCCUCGGCCCCACCUGGAGGUGCUGCGUGUGCGUCGUCGUCGCUUGCCGGGUACUCGUAUCAAGUGGAGCUGAAUGGACCGCUCAUCCUCCUCCAUUGGACCUUCGCCACCAAGACGCGCAUCAGAUUCGCCCUUGAGGCUCGCAAGGGCACUCUAACCAAAAAUGGCUGGAUGGCCGUUGGAUGGUCGGGCAAGAAGGGCAAGAUGAAGGGCUCAGAUGCUGUCAUUGGGAACCUGCCGGGCGUGGCUGCGGUGCACAUAAGUGGUUUCGCCAGGAAGGUGGGCACGGGGACCGUACCAAUCAAGCUCAACGCCACCAACUACCUCAUCUGGGCCAUCAGCAGCACCGCCACCAAAACCCUCGCCUUUCACGGCAACCACCAGUAA